UGUUGCCUUCCGGGAAAGGAAAUUGACGGAGGGGGAAACGAUGUCUGGAAGUUUUUAUUUUGUCAUGGUUGGUCAUCAGGACAACCCCGUGUUUGAGAUGGAGUUCCUGCCAUCUGGGAAGGUUGAAUCAAAGGACGAUCAUCGCCACCUGAACCAGUUCAUUGCACACGCAGCCCUAGAUUUGGUGGAUGAAAACAUGUGGCUGUCAAACAACAUGUACUUGAAAACUGUGGACAAGUUCAACGAGUGGUUCGUCUCUGCCUUUGUCAGUGCAGGACAUAUAAGAUUCAUCAUGCUGCAUGAUGCAAGACAAGAAGAUGGAAUCAAAAACUUUUUUAAUGAUGUCUAUGAUUUAUACAUUAAGUUUGCAAUGAAUCCAUUCUACGAAAUCAAUGCACCAAUCCGCUCGACAGCUUUUGAGAGAAAAGUCCAGUUUCUUGGAAAGAAACAUCUCCUGAGUUAAUCAUGUCUCAUGCACAGGAAUGUAAAUACAUCAUGUCUGUGUUGUAUAGCUGUCACACUUGUUUCAUGUUUAUUUUCAUGUUUCAUAGAUAGAACACAAAUGUGGAUUUUCUAUAAUGCCUUUACCUUUGAAGCUAAUAUUUAGAUCUUUAUUUCUAAAUGGUGUGAGCAGUUUAUAUGGCUACUGUAAAAAGUGAACGCUGGACAGUAUUGAAUAAAACAUAUAAACAGUAAAAGUUA